AUGGAAGGAUUUGAUGAUCCUGGAGUGUUUUUCUCUGAUAACUUUGGUGUAGAAGAAAAUGAAAGCCAAGAUCAAGUUAACCUUCAAGCAGUCAAAAAGAAAUUUAAAGAGUUCAUUCGCCAGUUUCACACCGGAAAUUUUAAUUUUAAAUACAGAGAUGCGCUCAAGCGAAAUUACAAUUUACGUCAGUAUUGGGUAGAAAUAAAUAUCGAGGACUUAUCUAGCUUUGAUGAAGUCCUUGCUGAGAAACUGUAUAAGAAACCAACUGAACAUCUUCCAAUUUUGGAAGAAGCUGCAAAAGAAAAAAUAUGUUUUAAAAUUAUUAAAUUUUUAAUGAAAUUCCAGUUAGCCGAUGAGUUGACUGCACCAAGACCAGAAGGGGAGGAGAAAGUUGAAGAUAUUCAAGUAUUGCUGUCUUCCGAUGCCCAUGCAUCCAACCUAAGAGAAUUAAAAUCUGAAACAGUUUCGAGGCUAAUAAAAAUUCCAGGAAUAGUGAUAUCGGCUUCUGGAAUCAAGGCUAAAGCUACAAAAAUUUCUAUCCAAUGCAGAUCUUGUAGGAAUGUGAUACCGAAUCUCCCAGUGAAACCUGGUCUUGAAGGCUAUGUUAUGCCGAGAAAAUGCAAUACUGAACAAGCUGGAAGACCAAAAUGUCCUUUGGAUCCAUAUUUCAUUAUACCGGACAAAUGCAAGUGUAUUGAUUAUCAGGUAUUAAAAUUGCAAGAAGCCCCGGAGAGCAUACCACAAGGAGAGAUGCCUCGUCAUUUGUCGGUAUAUUGUGAGCGUAUGCUGUGUGAGAGGGUGGCACCGGGAGCUCGUGUCACAGUACUCGGGAUAUACUCUAUUAAGAAGAUUGCUAAAGCCGGGAGGGAGGGACGUGAGAAGGGGUCUGUGGGUGUUCGGUCGUCGUACCUACGAGCCGUGGGUCUUUCCUCUGCGGAGGGCGCGGCGGGAGGCCUGCAGCCCUUCACCGCGGACGAGGAGGAGCAGUUCCGGAGACUCGCCGCCUCGCCCGAUAUAUACGACCGUCUCGCUAAGUCCAUCGCGCCCAGCGUCUUCGGCGCCGAGGACAUGAAGAAGGCCAUCGCAUGCUUGCUGUUUGGAGGUUCACGUAAACGCCUCCCCGACGGUUUAACUCGUCGAGGCGACAUCAACGUCUUGUUACUAGGUGACCCGGGUACCGCUAAGUCACAGUUGCUCAAGUUCGUGGAGAAGGUGGCUCCCGUGGGAGUGUACACGUCAGGGAAGGGUUCCAGCGCGGCCGGCCUUACUGCCUCUGUUAUAAGAGACCCGGGCAGCCGUAAUUUCGUGAUGGAGGGCGGGGCGAUGGUGUUAGCUGACGGCGGAGUUGUUUGUAUCGACGAGUUCGACAAGAUGAGAGAGGACGACCGAGUGGCCAUACACGAGGCCAUGGAACAACAGACCAUCUCCAUCGCUAAGGCUGGUAUAACGACUACUCUUAACUCCCGCUGCUCGGUUCUGGCCGCUGCUAACUCCGUGUUCGGUCGCUGGGACGACACUAAGGCCGAGGACAACAUAGACUUCAUGCCUACCAUACUCUCGAGAUUCGACAUGAUAUUCAUCGUUAAGGAUGAACACGAUCAGAACAAGGAUAUUACCCUCGCCAAGCACAUAAUGUCAGUACACAUGGGCGGGUCGUCAGUACGAGAGGUCGCUGGUGAGCUGCCUCUGUCGUUGGUCCGUCGUUACUCUUCAUAUUGUCGCACUCGCUGCGGCCCGCGGCUUUCCCCGGCCGCCGCUCAGCGUCUCGCCGCCAGAUAUGUUCUGAUGAGGACCGGAGCAGCCUCGCAAGAGAGACAGGCUGACAAACGACUCGCUAUACCCAUCACAGUCAGACAACUGGAAGCCAUAAUCAGAAUAUCAGAAUCUCUAGCCAAGAUGCAGUUGCAGCCGUUCGCCACAGAAGCCCACGUGACGGAGGCGCUGAGGUUGUUCCAAGUAUCGACGCUAGAUGCCGCUAUGACCGGCAGUCUCGCCGGCGCCGAAGGAUUUACAACGGAAGAAGAUCAAGAGACAUUGUCUCGGAUUGAAAAGCAAUUGAAACGACGUUUUGCUGUUGGCUCCCAAGUAUCAGAACAGACUGUGAUACAGGACUUCCUGAGACAGAAAUAUCCUGAAAGAGCUAUACUUAAGAUUUUGAAUCCAUAUGAGUAG